CCUGUGCUCUCCCUGCUCUCCCUCAGGAGGGUGUCCCGGAGGAGACUGACGACUUUGGGGAGUUCCGGAUGCGCGUCUCGGACCUGGUGAAAGACCUGAUCUUCCUGGUGGGCUCCGUGGAGUGUUUUGCUCAGCUCUAUGCCACCCUGAAGGACGGGAACCCGCCCUGGGAGGUGACGGAAGCCGUGCUCUUCAUCAUGGCCUCCAUAGCCAAGAGCGUCGACCAGGAGAACAACCCGACGCUGGUGGAGGUGCUGGAGGGGGUGGUGCGGCUGCCCGAGUCGGUGCACACGGCCGUGCGCUACACCAGCAUCGAGCUGGUGGGCGAGAUGAGCGAGGUGGUGGACAGGAACCCGCAGUUCCUGGAUCCCGUGCUCGGGUACCUGAUGAAGGGGCUGUGUGACCGGCGCCUGGCGUCAGCUGCUGCCAAGGCCAUCCACAACAUCUGCUCCGUGUGCCGGGACCACAUGGCCCAGCACUUCUCCGGCCUCCUGGAGAUCGCCCGCGCCCUCGACUCCUUCGCGCUGUCCCCCGAGGCCGCCGUGGGGCUGCUCAAGGGUGGGUACG